AUUAGGAUUUGAAGGUUUCAUUCAUCCUCCCCACCCUGCCUGUUAGAGACAGAUGGAAGAGUCCUUAUGAUAAAGAAGAUUCCUGGCUGUGUAUGUGUUUGUCUCCACCUCCCAAGCUUGCUGGGGCUCCACCUUAGCCAAACAACUCUCUUCUCACUGUUCGCUUCAGCACGGUGAGCGUUGGAUAGCUCCAUCUCCCUCCACCAACACAAAGGCGACAUUUAGCACCUGGGAGUGUUGGACAGCGCCUGAGGCUUCCAGCCUGGGACCACUUUCUGCUCAAUUCCUUUUCCUGGCUUUGACUUGCUGAGGAGCUCGGAAGAAGAAUAAAAGAACUUGAGACUAGGUGAGAACAGCUCAACAAUGAGCCAGGAGCGUAGAUCUGCAGAGUAUGCAUCCGAGCAGACAACGCACACAACGGCCUUGCCGGAGCCCCACCAAAAUGGCACGGAUAUAGCCACCAAGCACAAUGUCUUCUCCGAUAUGAAGGACAAAUUUAUGAAUGAACUGAGCAAACUACCAAUUCCUCCAUGGGCUCUGGCCACUAUUCUCAUUGUGGCUGGGCUACUUCUACUUUGCUGUUGUUUCUGCAUCUGCAAGAAAUGCUGUGGCAAGAAGAAGAAAGGCAAGAAAGGCAAAGAUAAGGUCAAGGCCCAAAUAAACAUGAAGGAGGUGAAGGACUUGGGAAAAAGCUACAUUGAUAAGGUGCAACCAGAUGUUGAAGAUCUGGAUCCCUCUCUACAAGAUGAAAAAGAAGAAAAGCCUCAGGAGAAGUUAGGAAAGCUGCAGUACUCCUUGGACUAUGACUUCCAAACCGGACAGCUGGUUGUAGGAAUUAUUCAAGCUGCAGAUCUACCAGCACUGGACAUUGGUGGAACUUCUGAUCCAUAUGUCAAAGUAUUUCUAAUGCCAGACAAAAAGAAGAAGUAUGAAACAAAAGUGCAUCGUAAGACUCUAAACCCCACCUUCAAUGAGUCCUUCACCUUCAAGAUUCCUUAUGCAGAACUUGGAGGAAAGACCUUAGUAAUGUCAGUAUAUGAUUUUGACCGAUUCUCUAAACAUGAUGCCAUUGGUGAAGCUCGAGUACACAUGAACACUGUGGACCUGGCUCAUGUCAUUGAGGAGUGGCAGGAUCUCCAGUCUGCUGAAAAAGAAGAGCAAGAAAAAUUGGGAGACAUCUGCUUUUCUCUGAGAUAUGUGCCCACCGCAGGGAAGCUAACUGUGAUUGUGUUGGAGGCCAAGAAUCUGAAAAAGAUGGACGUAGGAGGACUUUCAGACCCAUAUGUAAAAAUUCAUCUGAUGCAGAAUGGCAAAAGGCUCAAAAAGAAAAAGACAACUAUUAAGAAAAAUACCCUAAAUCCCUAUUAUAAUGAGUCAUUCAGUUUUGAAGUUCCUUUUGAACAAAUCCAGAAAGUGCAAGUGGUUCUUACAGUACUUGAUUAUGACAAAUUGGGUAAAAAUGAAGCAAUCGGAAAGGUCUUUGUUGGCUGCAAUGCUACAGGGACUGAGCUUCGUCAUUGGUCCGAUAUGUUAGCUAACCCCAGGAGGCCUAUCGCUCAGUGGCAUACUCUACAACCAGAGGAAGAAGUGGAUGGCUCCCUUGGAUUGAAGACCUCAUGAUGUCACUUUCUGUGUGUGAAUGAGUGGGAGUGUCUGUGGGCGCUUGGUGGUACUCGUGCUCCAUGCGCUGCUGUUUGUACAUACUUGUUCAAAGCUGUAACUGUGACAUAGCUUUGAGAAACCUCCUGUUUCGUGGUUAUUUGUAUAAUACUAAAAUAUUUAUAUAACUUGGCCAAGAGGCAGUAUCCUUUUUCAAAAUAUCUCAGCUGGUUUAGCAUGAAAAAAAUACUUGAACUAGAAAUUAAAAAAAAAGUCUUUUAUUAUACGUUACAAAACAUAGGGAAUUCCUAUAUGCAUUUUUACAACUAAAAAUAUUUGCGAUGUUUGGUUUUUAGAUAUUGUAUUUAUAGUUUGACCGGUAUAGCACUAUAAACUUUGCCUUAAAAUUCGUAUAGGUGAAGUAAAGAAAGUCAGAAGAGCAUAUUUGUUGCUUUUAAAAAUACUCAUUCUAGCAGAUUAGGGAUGGCAUUAUUAGUAUAGCUGCCAUGUUUUCUAUGGUGCUACCUAAAAGUAUAUUCAGAUCUACUGGAAUUGCUGUACCGAUUUGCUGUUUAGUGUGGAAUUUUUUUAAUCUACAGCAGAUCAAUUUCUGUUGCUGAUUGUUUGCAGAUAUGUUGUAGAUUUUUCCCAUAAGGGUGAUAUCUGCAAUAAAAUCUGAAAACAUCAUGUUGAUAAGAAUUUUGCUAUGGAUUACCCAUCGAUCUGUAGGAUAAUGCACUACCGAAGAUUUUCUUAAAAAUGCACAGCAAAUCCAGUCUGUCUGAAUGCAUCAAAAGGGAAUGAUAACUAAGAGAAGAUAAAAUAAAUGGAGUCUAUUUUAUUUAGUCUCUUGUUCAGUAAUUUGGAUGUUGUCUCUGCCACUAAAAACAUGAGUGACAAGUACAGAUAAAAUAACAAUGGGGGUACAUACUACAUCAUCUUGCAUGGUGGUUCUGCCACCUAUCAGUAGUUGUGCUGGUGAAGGACCGGCUGAUGACUGCACCGAUGGGCUACAAAUCCAUGUUCUGUAUCUUUUGCCACCAGUAGAGGAGAGUGUUCCAGCCAAGAAAUGAUGAUUAUUUAUCUUCUUGUUAUUUCCCUUAAAGGGGUACUCCACCCCUAGACAUCUUAUCCCCUAUACAAAGGAUAGGGGAUAAGAUGUCUGAU